CCAUUGAACAUCCAUGCACUUGGCCGCCAUGUUUGACGGAUUCGACACAUUCGCCAUAACAACGCAGGUUGAGCCGCCUGUCUCAAUCUUCGGCGUUAGAAGCGGCGAUGCCUCGUCAGCGAAGCGCCCACCGUUACUACUCCUUCACGGCUUUCCCCAAAGCCACCAUAUAUGGCACCAAGUUGCAAUGCAAUUAAGAGACAAAUACAACAUUGUCAUUAUCGACUUGCGGGGAUAUGGAAAUUCGUCUAAACCGGAAGAUGUAUCGCAGUAUGCAAAGAGUUUCAUGGCUCGGGACUGUAUAAAAGUGAUGGAUGAGCUUGACAUCACUGGUCCAUUCUUCAUCUGCGCUCAUGAUCGCGGCGCAAGAGUGGCGCAUAAGCUGUGCGUUGAUUACCCGGAUCGUGUGCGGAAGGCUAUAUUCCUCGAUAUAUGUCCUACUCUUGCAAUGUAUACGGUGAAAAAUCCGAACUUUGCAAAGAUGUACUGGCACUGGUAUUUUUUGAUUCAACCAUCGCCGCUGCCUGAGACACUCAUAUCCGCAAGUUCUCGGCAGUUCGCGGAAUUGUUCAUGGGAGGACGGCAAGCGAGUGGACUUGCAAUAUUUGAUAAAGAGAGUCUAGGUCACUACGUUUCUCAUCUCGGAGAUCCAGAGACGAUACAUUCAAUGUGUCAAGACUAUCGAGCGAGCGCUAACUUGGACCUGGACGAGGCACGAGAGGAUAUCAAGCUGGGGAGGUUGAUCAAAAACCCAUUGAGGGUUUUAUGGGCUAGGCAUGGAGUGAUCGGAAAGCAUUUUCAUGCGAUCCAGGAGUGGAAGGCUGUAAGCGAUGCUGAGGUUGAUGGACAUGAUGUUGAUUCUGGGCAUUAUCUUCCGGAGAAUGUGCCAGAUGAGGUCGUAUCCAACAUUUUGGAGUUUUUACAAUGAAUCAUCUGCCACUGUAUGUUUAUAGAGAAACUUU